GGAGGACGGAGGAGGAGGACAGGAGCUGCCGGGAGGAGGAGGAGGAGGUGGUUGUCGGUAAAGGGACAUUCACUCAUUGUUACAACUCGAGGAGCGGUGGCGACUCCGUUGUUUCACGUGAAAUCGGGACAACAUUCAGACCGCGCUCAGAAGAUCAUCUCCCCCAUUGUCCGUCUUCAAAAAUUUUCCAAGGCACCAUCACUGUCAGCGGAGACAUUGCAGGGAGGAGUGAGAGCACUUAGGUCACAGCACUGCAUCUUAAAGGACCACAGCAUCUCUCAGGUGAUGGCGGCGUUGUGACAAAGUGCCGUUGCUGAGUGGUACCCCAAGGUGAUGGAUGCGGCCAGCUCCAACCAUGGCUGUGCUGGAUUAUGCUGCACAGCCCAGACUAUUCCUCUGUGACCUGAAGAGGAGGAAGAGAUUGCAAGACAGCCCUGGACUAUCCUUAAACCUUGUGAUUUCCCUUUUCUGGUGAAAUAACCAGAUGCUAACAGGGGCCUUUUUCUAAUCAGCCAUCCUCAGGGUCUUUCUUCACUCCUGCCCAACGGACUGGUCAUGGAUCUCCUCUGGGUGCUGUCGGUGUCCAUGCUGACGGCGUGCGUCGCCAUCCCUAUGGAUGCGGCAGCAGGGAGUCACAGUCUUUUUACCUGUGAGCCCAUCACCUUACGUAUGUGCCAGGGGCUGCCCUACAACUCUACCUUCAUGCCAAACAUACUGAACCACUACGACCAGCAAACUGCCGCCCUGGCCAUGGAGCCUUUCCAUCCCAUGGUGAACCUGCAGUGCUCUCCAGAACUCAGGAUGUUCCUGUGUGCACUUUAUGCCCCAGUGUGUACAGAGUAUGGGCGGAUGACCCUGCCGUGUCGCCGCCUCUGUCUGCAGGCAAAGAGUGACUGCUACAAACUAAUGGACAUGUUUGGUGUCAGCUGGCCGCAGGAGAUGGACUGCAACAGGUUCCCAGACUGUGAUGAGCCCUACCCCCGUCCUGUAGACCUGCUGUCUAGCUCAGACACAACAGAAUCCCCCAUCUCCGUCCAGCGAGACUACGGCUUCUGGUGUCCCAGAGAGCUCAAAAUUGACCCUGAGCUGGGUUACUCCUUCAUGGGUGUUCGCGACUGCUCUCCACCCUGUCCCAACAUGUACUUCACACGUGAAGAGCUGAUGUUUGCACGCUACUUCAUUGGGGUGGUGUCCAUUGUCUGCUUGUCUGCCACACUCUUCACCUUCCUCACUUUCCUUAUUGACAUGUCACGCUUCCGCUAUCCAGAGCGUCCAAUCAUAUUCUACGCUGUGUGCUACAUGAUGGUCUCCCUGGUGUUCUUUCUGGGCUUUCUGUUGGAGGAUAGAGUUUCCUGCAAUGCAUCAAUUCCUGGGAGGUUCAGAGCUUCAACUGUGACACAAGGUUCACACAAUAAGGCCUGCACUCUUCUCUUCAUGGUGCUGUAUUUCUUCACACUGGCCGGCAGUGUCUGGUGGGUCAUCUUGACCAUCACCUGGUUCCUGGCUGCUGUUCCCAAGUGGGGCAGUGAGGCGAUAGAGAAGAAGGCACUCCUUUUCCACGCCUGUGCCUGGGGCAUUCCCGGUGUCCUCACAGUUACUCUUCUUGCCAUGAACAAGAUCGAGGGAGACAGCGUCAGCGGCGUUUGUUUCGUGGGGUUGUACAACGUCACAACCCUGCGCUGGUUCCUGCUGGCUCCAUUGGGACUCGAUGUAGUGGUUGGUGUUGCGCUGCUGCUGGCUGGCAUUGCAGCACUAAACCGAGUCCGCAUGGAGAUUCCCUUGGAGAAGGAGAACCAGGAGAAACUGGUGAAGUUCAUGAUCCGUAUCGCUGUGUUCUCUGUGCUCUAUCUGGUCCCUCUGCUGACUGUCCUGGGCUGCUACCUUUAUGAGAGCAGCUAUAGAACCAUCUGGGAAACCACCUGGGUCCAGGAGAAGUGCAGAGAUUACCACAUCCCCUGUCCUUACCAGGUGGAGCAGACCAGCCGUCCUGACCUGGUCUUGUUCCUGAUCAAAUACCUGAUGAUGCUGAUCGUGGGGAUCCCCUCAGUGUUCUGGGUGGGCAGUAAGAAGACGUGCUUCGAGUGGGCCAGUUUCUUCCACGGCAAGAAACGCAAAGACAGGAUGGUCAACAAUAGCCGACAGGUGCUGCAGGAGCCCGACUUUGCCCAGUUGCUGCUCAGGGACCCCAACACUCCCAUCGUGAGGAAGUCACGGGGCACAUCUACCCAGGGGACCUCCACUCACGCCUCAUCUACCCACCUGGCCAUGUUGGAUGAACCGCCCAGUGCCAGCACAAGCCGGGCUGGCUCAGUCCGCAGCGCACGCUCCAAGAUGAGCAGUUACCACGGCAGCCUGCAUCGCUCCAGAGAUGGCAGGUAUACCGCCUCCAGCUUCAGAGCCUUAGAUGACCGGCUGCCCUACGGAAGCAUGCCUCGCCUCAACGACCAAUCACAGUCUAGACACUGCAGCACCAACCGCCUGGACAGCCUAUCACGGCACAGCUCCACCCAGCGGCUGGAGAGCCAAUCACGGCAUAGCAGCGUCAGAGACCUCACCAGCACUACCCAACCAGUCCUGGGCGGCCCUGGGAAUGGGAUCCACCGGGUGAUGGAGGAGGACGGCACCACAGCAUGAACAGGAAAUAAACUGAUAUAAAUCCUGAAGAUGUGACUGAAUGUGUGAGGAUCCACAGUGAGAUGGGCUGUGGUUCAUCCUCUCCUGUGGGAUGAAGACCUCUGAUGAGAAUGCUGAGAAUGGAGCUCAUCCGGCCAAAGGAAGUCCUGAAGUUUGGAUCCAUGCCUUAAAAUGUUCUCUCAGCUUAAGACGACCAACAAGCUGAUCCAAAAAACUGAAAAGGAUUUAGUUUACAAAGCUGUGACGAAUUUUGUGGUGCUGACCAUGGAAUAGACAGUACUGACUGAUAAUAAAGCUUCAUGAUAGGUUCUUCUUAACCUGUCAAGCACAAGCCGUGACCAACAGAGAGAGACUGCACUGUACUGUGGUGAACCUAUGCUCUACUUGUUUGUAUAAAGGACUCAGAAUGAUGGACGCUGGACAUUACAAUCUUUCUUUUACUCCUCAGCUCUGCAGAAAGGGGAAGCAGGGUCAAUUUUCAGCUACAUUUCAAACAUUUUGCUCUUCUCAAGCUUCUAACUCCUCCAUGUUCUCAAAUGUCUAACAUACUGGUAACUUAACCAACGUUACACCCCUAUUUAUAGAUACAUUUUCACUCCAAAGCUAAAACUCAUGAUGAAAGGUAGCAAAUCACCUGGACGUUUAGGGAAUAAACGAUCAGCGUCAAGCACUCUACAAACACUGUAAAUGACUAUGAACAUUACAGAAGCCUUGUCUUUUUAAAAGCUGUUUUUAUAUCGAGGUACUUCUCUGUUUCAGUGUACUCAUGUAAAUAUUUAAAAGAGGAAAAUGGGAAUGUGAUUUGCCUGAAAUAAGGGCUGAAAUACUGUAAAAAAAUUGCUUGAAUCCAAACUCCUGCCUUACGAAUGUGUGUUCAGAUGGAAAGGUCUGAAAGUGACUCUUACUGGAGCCGUGCUUUCAUUCAAGCAUGUACAGAUGUUUUUCAAAACCUUAGGAAGUUUAAUUUUGUCCUGUAAUUUAAUUUAGCUGCAAUUGACUGGCGACCAGUCCAGGGUGUACCCUGCCUCUCACCUGAUGACAGCUGGGAUAGGCUCCAGCCCCUCUCCCCGUGACCCGGAACAGAAUAAGCAGUAUAGAAAAUGGAUGGAUGAAUGGAAUUUAAUUGAGAAAGGGAAUGUUUCAGAUAUUCUAGAUUCAUAAAGGGAAAUACUGUAAGCAUUUUCUGUUGUAAUCUUUAUGAUUAUGGCUUACAGCUCAUGAAGACCAAAAAUUCAGUAUCUCUAAAUAUUAGAAUUUACAAUUGACUUAUAAAAAAAAGGAACUGUACUACGAGGAUGCCAACUUUCUGAAAGGAAUGUUCAUUUAUGAGCUCAGUGCUUGGUUGGAGCUCCUUUUGCAUGAAGUGUUGCAUCAGUGCCACUUUGCAUUAUGAAGCCUAGGUUGCUUCGACAACAGUCUUCAUCAGGACUCCAGACUUACAGUUGUCACCGUCCUGAACAGUCCUGAAAAACACUUUUAGUCAUCCUGAAAUGAAAAGCUGCUUCUUUACUUCGUGGUACUGUUUGCCUAAAUGAUGCCUUUGCAAUGGUACACUUAAAAGAAAGAAGUAUCACCAAUAAAAAUGCCAUCAAACAUCAUGUGGCAGCUGUGUUACAGUACUACUGGAACGGCCAUUCAGUCAUCCUGUUUAUCACAGGACUUGAUUGAAUUCAGUCACCAGAUUUUUGCAUAUAUAUUAAUGCAUCCAAUAAGUAUGAAUCUCAACCAUUGUUUACCUAAGUUUUUUUCAUUCAGCACUAGAUUUGAUAUGAUUUAGGUAUUUUUCUACACAGUCAAAUAACAGUGAUGUAAAGAUGAAUGAGUCCACAACAACCCAUAACAACCUUAAUUCUAAUUAUUUAAAACAUGCCGACAAAAAUCUCUUUGGUCCCAGCAUCAUGCCCAGAGAGAUUUCUGUUUGUCCAAAGAUCACUGUGCAUUGUCAGGACAUCCUGUUACCCUGGUAACACCAUGGUCGCAAACCUGUUUCUGGUGGUUUUGGCUUCACUGUGGGCAGGUGCCAAGUCCUGCUGAAAAACGACAUCAGCUUCUCUGUAAAGCUACUGAUGCACUCUUAAAUCUACUCAUAGAAAACUGUGUUAACUCGGGACUCGAUUAAACAGUGUGCCAUCACCUGGCUGCUAUCAAAGUAACACGGGCAUUAUAACACCUCAGCAGUGUCACAGGCUGAUUGUCUCCAUACUAAGCAACCUUGAUGCAAUAAUUCAAGCAUAAGAGGCUCAGACCAAGUAUUUCGAGCAUAAAUAAUCAAACUUUUCAUGUCAUUACUUCCUUAUUAUAAAUCCUUUAUUUGAUUGUUUUUUAUGUAACAUUUUAGUACUUUGAGAUUGUAAAUGUUUGAUUUUAGUGAGCUGUAAGCCUGAUCAUCAGUUUAAAACUAGAUAAGGACUGAAAUAUUAGGCUUUAUGUAAUGAAUCUAGAAUAUGAGAAAUUAUUAGUUGCACAUAGGAAGUUUUUAGAUGAACCUUUAAUAACAUAAUGACAAAAAAGAAAUUCAUUGCCCAAUCCUGCCAAAAUGAACUUGCACAUAGUUGUGCUUUUAGCAUUAGCAAUGUACUUUUUAGCCCUAAUCACACUUGCACAAAAAGUCUUUUACCCUAACUUUAAUCUGACCAUAACCCUGUUUGCAUCCUUGAAUUUCCCCUCCACAAGCCCCCCCCCCAAAUGACUAACAGGCAAACUGUGGAAAAACUGCCGACAAGCAAGUCAGGAGAAUUUCUGGGUAGGGUGCAACUGUUCUAGACUGGUAGCACAGCAGCUGUGUAACAGCUGUGUCACUGCUCCAUUUUGAUUUAGGAGUGCAUCAGAAAAAAGUCAGGGCUUCCAGACUGCCUGUGUGACUGUGCCAUCUCAUGUUGAGAGUCUUGAGAUUAAAACACUCAGCCAGAAUGAACAGAAAAUGAAAAAAGAGAGGCAUAUUUACUUUAUAUUGGUACAGAUGUAUGUCCACAUCAGUAGAGUGCCUCAGGAAAGAUGAACAUGAUGUAGUGAUGCCUAAAUUUUGUGCUUUUUGAAGUAAAACCCUCACACUUAUGUGGAGAAACUCACCCUGUUUAUACAGAAGGCUUUUAUUCUGAGUUUUUCCAGACUAAAAUUAGCCUAUACCAUGAAUCAAGCCACUUGUAGAGAUUUACUGAGGUGAAGCUUGUGAAGAAAGACCGCAGAGACACAGUCAGUUUGCAGCUGACAUGCGCCCAGUCAGAAACAGCUGUUACCCUGUAAUGUUGCAUGUAAGAGAAGGGCUUUUUCAUACUGGCUAUUCUGCAGUUAUGAACAUUUCAGGGUUCAAAAUGACACUAAAGGCAGCUAUUUGCUCCUCUUUCUUUCUGAACACACAUUAUCAAUUUAAAUAGAUGAUAGCCACCUUGAAUUAGUCAUACUCUGAGUAGCGUGUCCUGUUUAAAACUUGUCCUUAACUUGUAUAGCCUCUGUAAAAUGUCUGAGCAUUUCCUCUAGUGGCAACACCUGU